GCGCUACAGAGGCGGGACAAUGCAGGGAGUUGAGCAAGCAGCCCACAGAGGAGAGCGAAACUUCUCACACGCUGUAAGGAAGUUGCGAUUGCUACAGAAGAAGGGAACGGUCUUCUGCCUUUAUCUUUAUAGCAAGAAACUCAUUUUUAAUAUCGCUGAAAAAAAUGUCCAGUGGUCAGUUUAACAAGGGGCCGGCUUAUGGCCUGACUGCAGAAGUGAAAAACAGAAUCGCUCUGAAGUACGAUGCUCAGAAGGAGGAGGAGCUGCGGGUCUGGAUCGAGGACGUCACGGGCAAGCGGAUCGGAGACGACUUCCAGAAGAGCCUGAAGAGCGGAACCAUUCUGUGCGAACUGAUUAACGUCCUCCAGCCGGGCUCAGUGAACAAGAUCAACCACUCUGAAAAGAACUGGCACCAGCUGGAGAAUCUGACCAACUUUAUUAAAGCCAUCACAGCCUAUGGACUGAAGCCCCACGAUAUCUUCGAAGCGAACGACCUGUUUGAAAGUGGAAACCUGACCCAGGUUCAGACCACGCUCCUGGCUCUGGCUGGCAUGGCAAAGACCAAAGGCAACCAGCCUCGAGUGGACAUCGGAGUGAAAUACGCAGAUAAGCAGAAGCAUGCCUUUGACGAGGAGAAGGUGAAGGCAGGAAAAUGUGUCAUUGGGCUGCAGAUGGGUACCAAUAAGUGUGCUAGCCAGGCGGGGAUGAAUGCUUACGGCACAAGGAGACACCUGUACGACCCCAAGGCUCACAUCGAGCCCCCAAUGGACAGCUCCACCAUCGGCCUGCAGAUGGGAACAAACAAGGGGGCCAGCCAGACUGGCAUGACCGCCCCUGGCACCAGACGCGCCAUCUACGACCAGAAACUGGGCACAGAGAAGUGCGACAACAGCACCAUGUCCCUACAGAUGGGCUACACCCAGGGAGCCAAUCAGAGCGGGCAGAAUUUCGGCUUGGGCAGACAGAUCUACGAUGCCAAGUACUGCCCCAAGAGCGAGCUGGGAGAGAAUGAAGCAGCUGCGGGCAUAAGCUACAACCAGGAGUACCACGAUGAGGGCUACCAGGGAUACCAAGAAGAUGGGCAGGGCUAGUUACCCUGGCAAAGGAGGCCACGGGGGUGGGGGGUGGGGGGAUUGGGAAAGGUGGGGGGGCUGACUCCAGCCGCAGCACAUCGGGAUUCCUAGCUAUGUUUGUUUUUCAUUGGUAGUGCCUGCUUCAAAACGAUCAGACAAGAGCGAUGGGUUUAUAUUCCUCGUUUUGAGGGUGAUGUUGUUAACAGUGGAACACAGGGUGUGUGCUAAUGAACAUAGCCUUCUGUAGCUGGGGGCCGUAUCUAAACCCGAGAGGAUUCACAGUGUGGAAAGCAGGAGAUGAAUGUGCUGUCCUGCAUCCAGGUUCUUGUUGCAUAUUGGCUGAUGCUAGUUUUUCAAAUUUGUAGUUUCAGUUCAACCCAAUAAGUGUUAAAAAUGGAUGUGAAUACAGAAACCAAUAUCUUAGCAAGGUUCUUGUUAUCAAAGUAUAAAAAUGACAGUUUUCCCAUCGGCUUUUCCAUUUAUAAGCUGUGCUGCCCCCAUGAAUGGGCUGAAAAGAACUCUACCAUUGAGUAGAACUCCGAGCCACGGCAGAUUUUCACAGCUGAGCUUAUUUAGACAGACCGUUGACUUGACAAACACAGCUGUCAUAAAGCUCUGGAGUGGCUCAGGCAGCUACACAAUGGGAGUUCUUUCCAUCUCUGCAAUAGACAAAUGUUUACUGAAAGGUCACCAAUUUAUAAAAGACGUGAAAUCAGGAGGACCAGCAAUUUUGCAUUCGAAACUCCUGCAGUGACACCAUGUACAGGACUGUAUGUAACUUGUAAUUCUUAUCUUUUUUUUGUAUUUGUCCUAUAAAGGUCAGAAUGUUGGGGUACAUCAAAGAAGCACUUUUUUUUUUUAUUGUAAAACCCUUCAUUUAAAUAAGACUUCCUUGGUAUUUUUGUUUUAAUUUUCCAACAAAGUUUUGUUUUAGUUCCACUGACUAUCUUAUGUCUUUUAAAGUUUAAUAUGUAUUGUAGUUGAGAAAAAUGUAGAGCUCAAACCAUGAAACGCCACUGAAUCCAAUAUUGGGGACCAAUAUUUCUAAUAGAGAUGGUGUCAAAGGGAUUUUGAAGAGGGAGUUAAUGUGUGUAUGUUGCUUAGUCUGAACAGCAAUCCAUACUAAAGGUUGUGCUUAACCUCCCGAAAAUUAAAUAUAAUAUUUAAUCAACUGCUUUAAAGUACCGAAUCAUCAUGGUGGCGUCUGACUCCUUAUGCAUUGUAGUAAAAUGGAUACGCCUUGAAAUGGAUAGAUUCUUAUCCUGUAGACAGCAGCUCUCCACUGCCUGCCAUUAACAGCAUGAUUCUUAAUAGGAUCCUGCUGUUGUUUUAGCUGAGUGGUGGCAAUAGUUAGGUCUGCCACUGUUUGAAUAGUUUUAAUGAGUCCCGUAUUACCUGCACUCUGAUGUCAAUCAUGUGUAAAUCGUAGAAGAAACUCUAUUCAAGAAGACGAAAGUUUGUCAACUUGACUUUAAGUUUCACCUACAGUAUGAUUUGAGUGUGUUGAAUUUCUAGAUGACUGUUUUUUUCAAGGGAACAAUCAGCUGUUGAAAUGUGUUUCUGUUAAAUGUUUUUUGCCCAACGUGCCAUAUCGAUACGGGUACAGUAUUUUGGAAGGUGCCAACAUAAAAUGUUUUUAAGGUGUGUGUUGUUUUUUGUAUGCAUCUUUUUAUACAAUUCCAAAGCAGCAUUCUAUCCAUUCCAAACUCAGAACUGGAAUCUUAGUUUGUUAAAGUUGCCUAUGAUUAAUAUUUGUAAACAGCUAAACUGUGGAAAUAAUCUGAUCAUUUUAACUGGUUCUGUAUUUAAAAUUGUUUUUUAAAAUUGAAAAUAAAAAUGAAGUGCCAUGUG